GACCAUAUUUCUACUGUUUUGAGCCGGUCACUAUGACCUUUUUGGAUAUCUUCUAUGUUACUGCACGCCUCCUAUGCAGACAUUCUUUUAGCUCAUCAUACUCUUCUCCGUAGAAGGCUACAUCUCUACACCAGAAGUAAAGGAUACCUUACAGUUGUAAGAAAUCCUAAUUUGUUCCCCGACCAGCUUUGCCGCUCCUUUAUGUCAAGUUUCGAAGGUAAAAACGACCCCGCGAUAAAAUUGGUUGUUCGUAAAUUGGAAAAGUAGCGACCCUUCUGGAAACUCCUCCCCAAAGGUAGCGAAGGUAGCCCAGGCAUUGCCUCUUACACAGAAGCACGUUGAUCUCUUCUAGUUGAGCUUGCCAAGAGUGCACGACUACCGGUACCCCAAAACGCGUCUCCGUAAGUGGGUGUCCAUACGGUCCAUAAGAUACAUUACUUGCAAAAACGUUCGGACGAUUUUAAUUUGGCGCAAUAAAAAGUGUUCGAAAAUAGAACCGUCUGAAAUUUGAGAGGGUCCGAAAUAUAUUUACAGUUUACAUUUUACAUUUUUUACAUUUUAAAACUUUCAAGUAGCUCCAAAGCGCAGGAGCGAACUCUGUUUGAGAUAAGUUGCGGCUUGAUAAAAUAUGUUACUUUUUCGUCGGUAUAUCUGUAAAACCUUGAGGGUGCAGUAGAACUAUCAUUUUCACAUGUGUUGUUUCUGUAAGUCUGCCCUUCUGUACGGUUCGGAAACAUGGAGAUCGACGAAACUACUGACCAAGAAAUUGCAAACCGUUAUCAACAAGUGUUUAAGGAAGAUCCUGAACAUCCGCUGGCCAGAGGUCAUUUCAAAUGAAGAACUAUGAGAAAGGACACAACAAAUACGUAUAGAAGAAAGCAUUAUGAGAAGAAAAUGGAAAUGGUCGGGCAUACGCUACGGAAGCCUGAGAAUAAUAUCACACGUUGCGCUCUCGAGUGGAACCCUCAGGGCUCUAGAAGAAGAGGUCGCCCAAAGCUAUCCUGGAGGCGAAGUGUGAUAGCUGAGCUCGCCAAGAAUAAGUUCACGUGGAUAGAGGCAAAGCGAACUGCCAGUAAUAGAGUUAGGUGGAGAUCCAUGGUUGACGCCCUAUGCUCCCCUUUAGGAGCGAAGAUGGCCUAAUGUAAUGUAAUGUUUCCGGUAGUCUCAUUCUUUGUAUAUUUCAGCAAAAUGUCCGAAUUUUUAGUCCGAAAUCAGUCCGAAAAUCCGUCCGAAAUAAAACGCCCGAAAUUUUUUGCAACAACGUCGUGAGAAACGUUCGGACUACCCUGGGUGCUAAAGAUUUUUUCCUUCGUGCACGGCGCGAUAGAUCCUUCGGAUCAGACACCAGAAACCGCGCAUAAAAAGCCGCUGGGUACAGAGGGUAGGGCUAGAUCGCGCGCCCUGGGCUAGAUCGCGGUUUCGCCUGCCGUGAAUAUUGCCUCUCUUGCCAACGAAACCACUGACCACACAGGUCACUAGAGUUCAUUAUCAGGCACAGUGAUCUUUUAAAUUACGUUGCAAACAGUCACUUCCUUCAUAAUCAUGGUUCGUUGAGGAAGCUAGGAAAAAAAAAUACGCGGUAAAGAAUAAAAAUAAUAACAAUACGAUCUGGAAGGUCUAUUGAUUGACGGGUAAACGGUUUCUUCAGAAAGACAAAAGGAAGUCCACAGGGAGGUCAAUUUUGGGAACAUUUCUUUGUUGUUUAAUAUCUUUUAAUGUGAAUAAUAUCGGGGUCUUUAUGCAAAUUUAUCUCUUGUUGUAACACGCUGUAUUUCGUAAUUGUCAUUCACUGUGGACAGAAUACCGUGAAUGUUUUGGUUUCUCUGUACGAACAAGGCGAUAUUUUGAUAUAGAUCUCUACAAUCUGGAACAUUUUACAGAGCGUAAUACCUCAUAACAUUCCCAAUUAGGGAACACUUUGCAAAGAAACGGCGCAGUGUGAACUGAAGGACAUAUUUGGAAGAACUAGGUUCACCUCCUUGCAGUCAUGUUUCGAUUCUUGUUCGCUAGGAGAGGAAAAGGAAACAUCUCACCGCCUGUAAAAACACAGCGCAACCCUCAGCUGGCGACAGAAAACAUAGACAUGCCAACUACAAGAACAUUCGACAUCUUAAGACCUGUUAUUCUUGUAUCUGCAGCCUUGUCAGGCUACACGCACCCAAGGUAUCGAAUUCUAGGGAUUGUUGGAGGGUUUGUAUGGCUCACUAUGCUCCUCGCUCAUGGGACAUUGGACUUUUUAGCGGCAAGACAAGUCUAUACCUAUGGAUGGGCCUCAGUGUCGUUAAGUCUCGUUCUUCUGUGCUUUGUGUGCACGAUUUUUACCAACAAAAGAAUGUUACCGUGGCUGGAGAAGGGUAUGUCGAAGCUGGAAGAUGAGCAAAGGUAUCCGAAAACGUUGGAAAGAUGCGCGAAAGUUUUCAAGUGGAUACCACUUUUUACUGUGACGUUUGGUUUAAUUUGCGGCGCGGGUAUCUAUGUCUGCCUUCACUUUGAUAAGACACUAGACGUGAAGAUCAACCUCAGCAGGGAUAAAUCUGAGAUCCCGGAUUACGCGCUGGUCAUACUAAAAGCGGUUCGCUUCGUAGCAGGUUGUUACGUCAUGGCAACCCUGGCCCUAUUCUGGAGUGUCGCGGUGUGUGUUAUGUACAUAACUGGUUAUUCCAUGAUAGAGUUCCACAAUGAGAUAACGUCGCACUUGAUCAACAGAGACUCACCAAUCACGUUCAGACAAGGUGUGGUGUCAUUCUCAGAGAGAGGAAAAUUUGUGAAAAAGUCUGCGUCUGCAUGCAGGGUUACCCUGGCAGUUCUUUUGGUGUACAGCAUCGCUUCCCUUGCAGUGAAUGCAUUUCUGUUUUUGUACAAGGAGCGGCAUAAAGUGUUCGCGAUUUACGCAUUGGUUCCCAGUAUCGCAGCUGUCUACCCACUAUGCAUGGCUGCUUGGGUCACAAAGCAGUACUCGUGGUACCUUGCGGUGGUAGUGAAAGCCUGGGCCGAGAGACCCGACAGCAGUUCUGAAGACGAAGAACCCGAGCGGCCGAGAAAGAACGAGAAACAAACGAAUCAAAAGCGAGGACGAAGUCUGUGGAGAAGGGUUAACAGUGCAAAGAAAAGUUAUCGUAAGGCGAGCCUCACUCCACUAAAGAAAACAAAUUCCAAUCCUUUGGCUUCACAGUCAGACAGUGAAGCUAAGUCUGGCGUGGAGGAAGUGUCAACGAAGAAGAGUUACGCCGGCGAAUCCCACCUUCGUGCGCACGCCACUACAAACGAUCCGGAGAUCUCCGACGACGACAAACAUCACGGACACGAGCCGGAAAAUGACAUGUCGGAAGACGACAAGCUUAGCGCAAAGGAGGCGGAUAAGGAUCAUUCGGGAAACGAAACCCCGAAGAGAUCCCGACGAGAAGUCAUGGACAUCGUUCUUCGUGGCGCUGCAAGGGCAGUCGGCAAGUUGAGACACAACGCAAAGAAACCCCGGUUUAACUUCGAGAAGUACAUUUCUUAUCUUCAGAACGUUCUGCCCAAUAUAGGGUUUGACAUAAUGGGUAUCAUCGUUACCUGGAACAUGGUGUCGGCUAUCAUUUUUCUCGAGGUUUCUGUUUUGGCUCUUUUUGUGCAAGAGUCGAUUUUUGGUAAUUCAAAAGCCACAGUUGCGUUAUAGAAAUUCCAAUGAAUUCUACACGGCAUAGCGUGAUUUGUGCUGUAGAAUGGCCUCAGUGAAAGCACGGUCAUCGUGUUUAAACACUAAACUUCCACGCGCAAAUUUGAUAUUUAAUAUAGAGACACGAUUUAGUGCUCCUUAGAGCACAGUACCUUUAGAUUGUGAGAGGAUAGUCAUUCAAACGUUGACAAUCACUUUAUUCCAUAGUUACAUAUAAUUAUGUUCAAUUGUGAUACUGGCCCAAAUUUAUCAGUUCGUGUAACCAGAAGAAAAUCGCGCGAAACAGUUGGACUCAGUUUCAGUUAUAGUGUAAACAGAUACACUUCGUGUAUCUUAAAUGAUCAGUGCUAAAUCUGCUAGCAUGCCUUUUAUGGUAAAGCGGGAGGUUUUACAUAUUCACUGGUAUAGACAAGAGCAUUGAAGUAUAUCAACAUUAAAAGGUUCGUCUUGCAUGUAACUCAACAGAUAGCUAUAGAGAGUUUAUAAACCACUAAUUUCUCCCUAAAUUCUCCCUUCAAUGACGUUACAUUAUUAGCAAGAUAGGUGAGGAGAAUAUUAAAAUUCAUCAACAAACAAAGCGAUACUGUCUUGACGUAUCAUUGAAUUCUCAACACUUACAUAAGAAAUAUAGGAAUCGGAAAGAGCAAUGAUUAGGACUCAAAAUGUCAGAGGUACAAAAAUAUAACCCAGGAUUUCAGGACCUUAUGAUACAAGAAAAUACUUUAUGUACUUGCAACUUUCCAGCCAUUUGUUAGCUGGAGUUUAAUUUAGACUAAAUUGAUUACAUUUAGACUUUUUAAAAAAGACUUUGAAUAGAAUUAUCAUACUACAUUUAAAUAUGGGGCAGAUCAAGAGACUCAAAAGUCUCUCGAACAAAUAAACGUAAAAAUUUGAAAGUA